AUGUAUCGAUUAAGUGUGGUUCUCAGUUUGCUGGUAGCAGCGUGUGUUGCGGAGCAAAAAUUUCCGCCAGGAUUCAAAUUCGGGGCUGCAACAGCGGCCUAUCAGGUGGAAGGUGCUUGGAAUGUUAGUGACAAAUCACCAAGUAUAUGGGACACAUUCACCCAUGAAAAUCCAGAUUUUAUCGCCGACAAAUCGAAUGGUGAUGUGGCCUGUGAUUCGUACCGCCUGUGGGAAACAGAUAUAGCCGUAGCCAAGGACAUGGGCCUGCAUUUUUACAGAUUCUCAGUAUCGUGGCCCCGAUUGCUACCCAACGGUUAUUCCAAUUAUGUAAGCGAAGAUGGGAAGCGAUAUUACAACAAUUUGAUAAACGGUCUUAUUGAGAAUGGGAUUGAGCCAGUUGUCACCUUAUACCAUUGGGACCUACCACAAAAAUUGCAAGACUUGGGUGGUUGGACUAAUCCUGAACUAGCAAGAUUGUUUGAGGAUUACGCGAAAGUCGCCUUCGGUCUUUUUGGAGAUCGGGUCAAGACUUGGAUAACCUUUAACGAGCCUGUUAUCAUCUGUGAUGCUGCUUAUGAAACUGGAAGAAUGGCACCCGGCAUCGUUCUACCUGGAAUAGGAACUUAUAUAUGUGCUAAGGUUGUGGUGCUGGCACACGCGAGAGCGUACAGGCUGUACGAUACGAAGUUUAGAGCGCAGUACCAGGGAAAGGUUGGUCUCACGGACCAACACCUCUGGUGCGAACCAAAGAACUCUGACGAGGUAGAGAAUGCAGAGCUUAUUCGGAACUUACUUGCAUUAUAUGCUUAUCCUAUAUACUCGAAGACUGGAGGGUGGCCUCCUAGUGUUGAGAAACUAAUAGCUGAGAAAAGUGAAAAAGAAGGAUACAGUCGAUCCCGCUUGCCCACAUUCACCCAGGAAGAAAUUGAAUUAAUUAAAGGUACAUAUGACUUUUAUGGACUGAACUACUACACUUCGCGAAUGGUGGAGACGGCUCAGCCAGGCCAAUACCUCUACUGGCCAAUGACAGGCAGCUCGGAAUUCGGUUUGGCAUUAUCGCCUGACCCUAGCUGGACGAAUGGUCAUGACUGGCUGAUUAGCUUCCCUCCAGGUAUUCGUCGUCAGUUGCAUUGGCUGAAGCAGCAAUUCGGUGAUAUUGAAUUCAAGAUUCUGGAGAAUGGGUACUCCACAGCCGAACCCGUUAUGUUUGAUGAGGAAAGAGUAAACUACUACAAGGACCAUUUGGAACAGGUGCUUCUUGCUAUAAACGAGGAUAAGGUCAACGUUACGGCCUACACUGCGUGGUCCCUUAUUGACAACUUUGAGUGGAUUAAUGGAUACACGUCGAGAUUCGGCUUAGUGAACAUUGAUUUUAACGAUCCGGAUCGCAAGCGGACCCCAAGAGCCUCCGCCCACUAUUACGCGGCUGUGAUAAAGAGUCACUCACUUGACCUUCCUCAUCAUUCGCGUGGAUUUUUGAAAAUUCUGUUUGACAAAAUUAUCACGUGA